AUGGACCAAGGAAUUAUUCGUGCUUUUAAAGCGCAUUACAGACGAAAUCUGGUCAAGUAUAUUAUUGCAAGAGCUGGUGUUGUAACAACAGCUGAAGAUAUUAGUAUCACUGCUUUAGAUGCAGUUUAUUGGAUCGAUAGUGCGUGGGCAGCAAUAACGGAAACAACAGUAAGAAAUACAUUUAAAUCAGCUGGAUUUGAGAAACCAUUUGCAAUCAAUGACAUUGAUAUUCAACAGAUUUCCAUUGCCAAUGAAGUUACAUCAGCAGUUGAUAAAUCAAUUGAAGAAUUAGAUCGAAUAUUGGUACGUUUAUCCGUUGGUGGGAGGUCUAUAACUGCUAUUGAUUAUGUGUGUAUUGAUGAUAAUACGCCAUCGUUUAAUGAAUCGGACGAUUCAACUGAUAAAUUAUUAACGAUCCAUGGAAUUAUUAAUGAUGAUUUUGAUAAUAAAGAGGAUCAAUUAAAUGAUGAUCUACCAAGUGAAGAAUCACCAACAUUGUCUGAAUGUCUAGAACUAGUUCGACGACUUCGCCUAUUUUCAAUAACACAACAACCAGAAUUACAUUCGUUUAUUAUUCAAUUAGAGUCUAAAUUAACUGAUGCAUUACUCGACUCCAACAUGUCAAAACAAAGAUCUAUAUUGGAGUACUUCAGAUGUUCAACUGAUAGAGCUGUUAUUAAAUAA